GGCACGCAGUAACCCCCGCACAGGACGCGCGAUGGAGGGCAAAGGACCGCUCCGGUGUAAGAUCGUGGUGGUCGGGGACACGCAGUGUGGAAAAACGGCUUUGCUGCACGUUUUUGCCAAAGACUCCUAUCCAGAGAAUUACGUCCCGACAGUGUUUGAGAACUACACCGCCAGCUUUGAGAUCGACAAGCAGCGCAUCGAGCUCAACAUGUGGGACACGUCAGGUUCCGCCUACUACGACAACGUGCGACCAUUAGCUUAUCCCGAUUCGGAUGCCGUCCUCAUUUGCUUCGACAUCAGUCGUCCGGAGACGCUGGACAGUGUGGUGAAAAAGUGGCAAGGAGAGACGCAGGAGUUCUGUCCCAAAGCCAAAGUGGUGCUGGUGGGCUGUAAAUUGGACCUAAGGACGGACGUCAACAUCAUGAGGGAGCUUUCCAAGCACAGACUCAUUCCAGUCACCCACGAACAGGGCACUCAUCUGGCGAGACAGAUCGGCGCCGCAGCCUACGCCGAGUGCACCUCCAAGUAUUCGGAGAACACCGUCCGCGACGUUUUCCACGUUACCACCAUGGCGUCGGUAACGCGCGCGCCCCGGCCCGCGCUCAAGCGCGCCGGUUCACGGCGCGGGCUCAAGCGGGUCUCGCAGCAGCCGUCUCGGACUGAUAUUCACGAGCGCCCGCCCGCCAUCAGGAAGGAGCGCGCCAAGAGCUGCGUGCUCAUGUGAGCCGCCAGCUAACUUAAUUUAUUCUGUCCCAAGCCUUUGCACUGCUUUCGAAACAAAAAGGACAAUGUGAGGUAGGCCAUACGCUUUUGUUUUGGUGGAGCUCCCGAACCAUAGCCAAGCACAACACUGGUAAACAAACCAUCGACCACAAGUCUACCACUAAUUUCCUAAAACCACAAGUGCUUUGAUUCUUAACAUCACGUAUUCAUGUCGUUAAAUUCAUAUUGUUAUAACACUGGCGAGGAACGUGGAUCCAGGAUGUCAUUUUCUUUAUGUGACAAUGAAAUAAUAAUAAUAAAAAAAAAUAAAGAACUAAAGGCUG